AUUUGGUAUAUACUCCUGCAAAAUCUUUGUUCUUAACGGUCCUAAUAAAUCUCUGGAACCUGGUUCCUCAAGGAUUUCAUCUCUCCAUAGAUAUAGGUAAUAGAAUAUUCUAUACAACAUACGCGGACAACGGUCUUUGUUUGUGUGUAUAUAGAGCCGGAUUGGGAAUUGGAAGCCCUAGGAUUUUGUUAGAACAGACAUGGCAGCUGUAUCUAAUGGGCCGAAGAAGGAGCGGACGUGUGAGGGGCAUAACAUCGCAGGACCGACCAAUCCGAUGGUGACUCCUCUCCUGACGGACCUCUAUCAGUUCACCAUGGCCUAUGCUUACUGGAAAGCUGGCAAGCACAAUGAUGAUGGAUUCUUUGACUACCUACGAAGCAUUGACUGUUCUGAUGUUGAAAUAUAUUCCAUAUCUGAAGGAUCUGUUGUCUUUCCAAAGGUACCCUUGAUGAGAGUUGAAGGACCAGUUGCUGUGGCUCAACUGUUGGAAACUCCUUUUGUAAAUCUUAUAAAUUAUGCAUCAUUAGUUACUACAAACGCUGCAAGACAUCGCUUUGUUGCUGGGAAGGAAAAAUUACUUCUUGAAUUUGGACUCCGACGAGCGCAGGGUCCUGACGGUGGUAUAGGGGCGUCAAAGUAUUGCUAUAUGGGAGGAUUUGAUGCUACAAGUAAUGUGGCUGCUGGAAAGAUAUUUGGAAUUCCUCUUCGUGGAACACAUUCCCAUGCCUUUGUUAGCUCAUUUAUGAGCUCAGAUGAGAUAGUUGAGAAGUCACUUCAUAGGAGUGAUGGUUCCAGUGUCUGCGAUGACUUUGUUAGUCUGGUGCAAGCAUGGAUUAAUAAAUUGAAGUGGUCAAACUUACUAGGUGGUAUUUUUGGCGAGACAAAUCAGAGUGAAUUAGCAGCUUUCACAUCAUAUGCACUGGCAUUUCCUGGCAGUUUUUUGGCCCUUGUGGACACUUAUGAU